AUGAAAUAUUUAAUUCCUUUUUCUUUUCUACUAUUAAUAUUUGUUAUUACUGUUUUUAAUAGAGAAACACCAGAACCAUCAAUUAAUGGAACCAAACGUCCAUGGAGAACGUGGAAUAUAUCAUUAAAUAACUCAUUAGUACUAAGAUUAGGAUUAAGAGGAGUAAACAGAUACAACAAAAUGCAUAAAAAUUCUACCUUAACAUUUAUUAACGUUACAAAAACUUUGAAACAUGGUAAAAUAUGCAGUGGAAACAAAGAAGUUAAACUAUUAAUAUUGGUUUCAUUAAACUAUAGUAAUAGUACAAGUGAUAAUAAAUGUCAAAAAUUUCGUACAGUAUAUAAUGUAACUAAUGAAGGUAAAGGCAAAAGAUAUUACCCAAAAAGAUACAGACUUUUUAAUAGUAUUCUGAAAGGAGAAUGUAAGCAAACCGUAAACAAUAAAACAAUUUUGGCAAAUAUAAAAGCAGUAGACAAAAAAAAAAACAAAUUAAAAUUAGGUUCAACACCAAUACGAGAAACAACAAAGUUACCAAAAUAA